CCGCGUCACACAGCCCGCUGAUGCCGGAUUAGAGUAUGACCUCCGGCAAGAAUCCACGCUUCAAUCAUUUUACAGCCGGUGCCACGAACGUCGCCACGGAGAACACCAACGGGGACAGUGAGAAAUUGUAUGUUUUUAGCAUUGGCUCCCAUUUCUUUUCUUCCCCCAGACCAGAAUGGAGACCACGUUCGGUCCUGCCUUCUCCGCCGUCACGACUAUUACAAAAGCAGCGGACGGGACCAACACGUUCAAACAGCACCGCCGCACUCCAUCAUCCUCCAGCACCCUGACCUUCUCCCCCAGGGAUGAAGAGGACGGCAUGCCUCCCAUCAGCACUCCCAGGCGCUCGGAUUCUGCCAUCUCCGUGCGCUCCCUGCAUUCAGAGUCCAGCAUGUCCCUGCGCUCCACCUUCUCUCUCCACGACGAAGAAGGCGAGCCGGACCCUCUAGUGUUUGCCGAGCAGCCGUCGGUGAAGCUCUGCUGCCAGCUGUGUUGCGGCGUCUUUAAAGAUCCCGUCAUCACCACCUGCGGGCACACGUUUUGCAGGAGGUGCGCCUUGACAUCUGAAAAGUGUCCGGUGGAUAACGCUAAACUUACCGUGGUGGUGAAUAAUAUCGCCGUCGCCGAGCAGAUUGGGGAGCUGUUUAUUCACUGUAAAUACGGCUGUCGUCCAUCAGCCAAUGGGAAGCCGGCUACGUUCGAAGUGGAUCCUCGCGGCUGCCCCUUCACCAUAAAGCUAAGUGCCAGAAAGGACCAUGAAGGCAGCUGUGAUUACCGACCGGUGCGCUGUCCUAAUAAUCCCAACUGUCCUCCGCUGCUGAAGAUGAACAUGGAAGCCCACCUCAAAGAGUGUGAACAUAUAAAGUGUCCUCAUUCUAAAUACGGGUGCACGUUCAUAGGGAACCAGGACACCUACGAGACCCACCUAGAGAUGUGCAAGUUCGAGGGAUUGAAGGAGUUCCUCCAGCAGACAGACGAUCGGUUCCAUGAAAUGCAGGUGGCCAUGACCCAAAAGGACCAGGAGAUCGCCUUCCUGCGCUCCAUGCUGGGGAAGCUCUCCGAGAAAAUCGACCAGCUGGAGAAAAACCUGGAGCUAAAGUUUGACGUCUUGGAUGAAAACCAAAGCAAGUUGAGCGAAGACUUGAUGGAGUUUCGCAGAGAUGCGUCGAUGUUAAAUGACGAACUCUCUCAUAUCAACGCGCGGCUGAACAUGGGCAUACUGGGGUCCUACGACCCGCAGCAGAUAUUUAAAUGUAAGGGUACUUUCGUGGGACACCAAGGUCCCGUCUGGUGCUUGUGCGUCUACUCCAUCGGGGACCUGCUGUUCAGCGGCUCAUCGGACAAAACCAUCAAGGUGUGGGACACUUGCACGACUUACAAGUGCCAAAAAACCCUGGAGGGACACGACGGAAUAGUGCUGGCUCUCUGUAUACAGGGAAGCAAGUUGUACAGCGGCUCGGCAGACUGCACUAUUAUUGUCUGGGACAUUCAAACUCUGCUGAAGGUCAACACCAUCCGAGCCCACGACAACCCUGUGUGCACCUUGGUCUCCUCUCACAACAUGCUUUUCAGCGGCUCCUUGAAAGCAAUCAAGGUGUGGGACAUUGUAGGUACAGACUUAAAGCUGAAGAAGGAGUUGACCGGCCUUAACCACUGGGUGCGGGCGUUGGUGGCGUCACAGAAUUACCUGUACAGCGGGUCGUACCAGACCAUCAAGAUUUGGGAUAUCCGGACUUUGGAGUGUGUCCACGUUCUCCAGACGUCGGGUGGGAGCGUGUAUUCCAUCGCCGUCACCAACCAUCACAUCGUGUGCGGAACUUACGAGAACCUCAUCCACGUCUGGGACAUCGAAUCCAAGGAGCAGGUGAGGACUCUGACCGGGCACGUGGGCACAGUGUACGCCCUGGCGGUCAUCUCCACCCCGGAUCAAACCAAGGUUUUCAGCGCAUCCUACGACCGGUCCUUGCGGGUUUGGAGCAUGGAUAACAUGAUCUGCACCCAGACAUUGCUCAGACACCAGGGCAGCGUCACAGCGUUAGCCGUGUCCCGGGGACGCCUCUUCUCCGGCGCGGUGGACAGUACAGUGAAGGUCUGGACCUGCUAACAGAACCAAGCUGGGUUAACCCCUCGCUUUCAGUGCUGCGUCACAACCAGAAGCAUACACUGGCAGUAUCUACUGCUGACUUUUUUUUUUUUUUGCCGCGGACGCGGGGAGCUUUCAGCCCGGUUACAGUAGGCGAUCGGCGCGGAAUCGGUAUCGCUUGCCUUUCCUGAGCUGGACUGCCCUCUCGCCCCAGUGAUGCAGGAACUGUGACCUCUAUACGGGAAGGAAAGACCCGCCACCUUCCUCGUGAAAGGCGUGUGAAUAGUCUGCAUCGCUUGCACUUUCCAGAGUGAGGAGGGAGCGUUCACCAACACCCACCCAGACACGUGGCCUUCAGGUGGCCACCGGCUACCCUGCCAUCAGAGCCUUCAGGCCACAGCAUGGUAAUCAUACCCCAUGGCACGUGUCGAAUCACACACGCAGAUCAUUUUCAGCCACCCGGCGGUUCGCGGAGAAUCCCCUCAUGCUUCCAUUGCCAACAGGUUGAAGGAUCAUCCCAAACGAAGCCGUCGCUUUUCAGUCUGGCUCCUAAAACUAGAAUCCAAGUCUAAAGCUUCUCAGACGUCCAUGCUUGGUACAUUGAAAUCUCGCCGAUACGUUAUCCAAAUUCAAAAGAAAAAGAAGAUUCCAA